CUGUCAGGAGCUAAAAUCUCUGGGCUGUUUCCAUCCCACUUGGUUCCCCCGACUGCCCCGAUGAUCCUGUCUCUGUGCCUUUUGCUUCCUGUAAUGAAUCCCAGCAGCCAGAAUAUCUGCUCAGCUCCCGGUGUUGUCCCUGCCCCCAUCCUCUACCUGAGCCAGACGUCUGCUCGACAGGGGGACUCCGUGCUGCUCCAGUGCUCUGUGAUCUCCAAGGCCCCAGCCGCCCGCGUCAUCUUCUGUAAAGACGGGGAGGAGGUUUUCUCUCAGGCAGGGUUGAAGAAGGUCACCUAUAGCUAUGACCACACAGUGUCCAUGGACAGCUCUGGGAAUUACUCCUGCGGAUACGAGAUUAAGGAGAGCGACAAGCAAGUGAACAGAUCCCAGCUCAGCCCUGCCAAGCAUCUCAGUGUUACUGUGCUGAGUCCCAGAAGCCAGGAGAUCUGCUCAGAUCCAGAUCAGUCUGUCUGUGCCCAGACACACUCACCCCUCCAUCAAUCAUGCCAGAGAGGUGCUCUCCCUGCUCCGAUCCUCUACCUGAGCCAGACAUCCGCCCAACAGGGGGACUCCGUGCUGCUCCAGUGCUCUGUGGUCUCCCAGGCCCCAGCCACCCGUGUCGUCUACUGUAAGGAUGGGGAGGAGGUUUUCUCCCAGGCAGGGUUGGAGAAGAAGGUCACCUACAGCUAUGACCACACAGUGUCCAUGGGCAGCUCUGGGAAUUACUCCUGCGGGUACGAGAUCAAGGAGAGCGACAAGCAAGUGAACAGAUCCCAGCUCAGCCCUGCCAAGCACCUCAGUGUUACUGUGCUGAGUCCCAGCAGUCAGGAGAUCUGCUCAGAUCCAGGUCAGUCUGUCUGUGCCCAGACACACUCACCCCUCCAUCAAUCAUGCCAGAGAGGUGCUUUCCCUGCCCCCAUCCUCUACCUGAGCCAGACAUCCGCCCAACAGGGGGACUCCGUGCUGCUCCAGUGCUCUGUGGUCUCCCAGGCCCCAGCCACCCGCGUCAUCUACUGUAAGGAUGGGGAGGAGGUUUUCUCCCAGGCAGGGUUGGAGAAGAAGGUCACCUACAGCUAUGACCACACAGUGUCCAUGGGCAGCUCUGGGAAUUACUCCUGCGGGUACGAGAUCAAGGAGAGCGACAAGCAAGUGAACAGAUCCCAGCUCAGCCCUGCCAAGCACCUCAGUGUUACUGCGCUGAGUCCCAGCAGCCAGGAGAUCUGCUCAGCUCCCGGUGUUCUACAUGCCCCCACCCUCUACCUGAGCCAGAUGUCUGCUCGACAGGGGGACUCCGUGCGGCUCAAGUGUUCUGUGGUCUCCCAGGCCCCAGCCACCCGCGUCAUCUUCUGUAAGGAUGGGGAGGAGGUUUUCUCCCAGACAGGGUUGGAGAAGAAUGUCUCCUACAGCUAUGACCAUGCGGUGUCCAUGGGCAGCUCUGGGAAUUACUCCUGCGGGUACGAGAUCAAGGAGAGCAACAAGCGGGUGACCAGAUCCCAGCUCAGCCCUGCCCAGCACCUCAGCAUUACUGGCAAUGUGAGCAGCAGUGGAGGAGCAGAGGAGCCGACCCGCACAGAGCCAGUCAUGUCCCUCGUCAUCUGGACUGCCCGCUGUGUCCUGGUCCUGCUCCUCUUGCUCUCUGCACCUAUCAUCACUUUCAUGCUGAAGAGACGGGAUCUGCCUCAUCCCACAGGGCUGGAGGAGACUCAUAGGGGUAGCAUCAGCAUCAUGGAGGGUGCUCUCCGUGCCCCCACCCUGUAUCUGAGCCAGACGUCCACCCAACAAGGGGGUUCCGUGCAGAUCCAGUGUUCUGUGAUCUCCCAGGCCCUGGCCACACGCAUCAUCUUCUGUAAGGACGGGGAGGAGAUUUCAUCCCAGACAGGUUCAGAGAAGAAGGUCACCUAUGUCUAUGACCAUACAGUGUCCAGUGGCAGCUCCGGGAAUUACGCCUGUGGGUACGAGAUCAAGGACAGCGACAAACGGGUGAACAAAUCCCAGCUCAGCCCUGCUAAGCACCUCAGUGUGAUCCCUGAGUCAGGGAACGAGUCCAGCGUGACACCAGCAAUGCUCGUGAAGAUGAUAUUCACUGUAAGAGCUUUUGGAGAGUAUUGGAGUUAG